CAGGAAAUAGGCAGGUUGCAAAGCUAAAACUUGAUAUAUAUUUUGACACAAUAUCCCCAUACAGUUGGCCGGCCUUUGAAGUGAUUAGCAGAUACAAGAGUAGAUGGAAUCUAGACAUUACAUGGAAACCGGUUUUUAUGGGAGGACUGACUGUAGCAGCAGGAAACAGUUACAUCGAAAGCAUGACGGGGUGUCCUAAUAAAGCAAGUUAUACCUUCAAGGAUCUAGAGACAAGAACUGGAAGGUAUUUUGAGAUUCCGCUGAAGAUGAAAAGUGAUCCUAUUUCUCAUAUUGGAAUUAUUGGUUCUCUGUCUCAGCAACGGUUUGUAACAGCAGUACAACAGGAAUACCCUGAAUUAUUAGAGAAUAUCUGCCGUGAGAUAUGGACCAGGUCCUGGGGUCCAGAGGACCUGUCCUCACAUACACAGGAGGACCUCAACAUCAUCGCUACCAGGGCAGGACUCAGUGCUGAUCAGAUAAAAACCUGUUUUGAGAAGCAAAAAAGUCCGGUCGUAAAGCAAACUUUAAAGGAUAUAACCGAGGAAGCUGUGGAAAGAGGGGCUUUUGGGUCUCCCACUUUGUUCUUUAUGCAAGGAGACAAAGAGGAGAUGUUCUGGGGAUCGGACAGGUUUGAUAUGAUCGCCUCGAUCUAUGGAUUGGAAUGGGCCGGACCAAACCCAGCUAAGCUGUAAGAUUGGAUGGAAGCCGGGAACAUUGAACAUCUUAGACAUACUCAUUAUUGGAAUUGAGCCAACCGCAGAUUUCAUUUUUUGAUUGUGCACUGGUGAAGUCAUAGAAAAAAACAAAUGAAAAAACUUUUUUACUUUUUAAGAUUAUGAAGAGUUUAUUUGUUUACUUUUUAAGAUUAUGUAGAGUUUAUUUGUUUACUUUUUAAGAUUAUGUAGAGUAUAUUUUUCAGAAAGAAUGAUCCCGUACAAGAUACCUCAUAGUUAUCGGUGUGUGCAAAGAGUGUAAAGCGAUAUUUAAAUAUUCCUUGUACAGCUUCUUCUAGAUGUAGAUUAUAUGCAG